GCUGCGUACCAAGGCUCGGCCAAUACAAAGUUCGUUCCCAGCUCUUGAAACUUUACUGUUUGCUUACGCCGGUUCUUGCUAUGUACAUCAGAAUAGCUCAAAUUACACAUGAAAUACAGUAAGGCCCGUGGUGGGAAGGCGCGCUGCGCAUGCCCAAAACCGAUCGCUAGCGCCUGCGCCUGAGUGCGUGGCAACCGCACAAGAGCGGUGAACAUGUAUGGAGAAGGCCGUUACGUGGGGGCUGGGGUGCAGCACGACGCGUUGGGGGCAGCUUUGGAGGAGCUGCCGCCCCACACGUUGCUGGCUCUCCCGGCUAGCGAGCACGACCUUACCUCGCCCGCUGAUGAAUCAGAGGCUCGAGGUCUGCUAGCAACAAUGCAGCUUCCGAUAGCUUCUGCACCUCAGCUGUCGUCCUGGUGCAGCGUCAGCAACCUGGUGGCUAUUGCGCUGGCGCCAAGGGAGCGGCCUGCAGGGCAGGAGGGUGGCGCGAGUACCGCUGCUGUUGGCCGGGUCUGCCAGAUUCUGAUUGUGGAGCCCUCGAACCCCGAGGACUUGACUUGCCUGGAGCUUCCCGUCACGGGUCCCAGCGACCACGUCACGCACUUAGAGUGGUCGUGGGCGGGCCAGCGUCGCGCACUGCUUGCCGCCACCGCGUCGGGCCGCUUGGUGGUUUGGACACAGCAGGGCCAAGACGACUCAAUGGCCCCUCGUACCAUCGACGACUGGCACGGGCAGCUACUGCUUGACCUAACGCCAGCAGCUACUGCCGGUGCUACUGCCGCUGGGGGUGCGGCUACUGCCGCCGGCUCAGCUCACCAAACCGGUAGCCAGCAGACGGUGCCGUACAUCAAGCAGGAGCCGGGCGCUGCCGGCGCCGCUGACGCCACGGCCGUAACGACCGACGGCGGCGCUGUCGCGGACGGCGCCGGCGCUAGCGCAGGCACCACUGGUGCUGCUGCAGGCGGUGUAAACGGUCCAGCAUUCGCGGGCGUGUGCUGGCUGCGACAGCCUCAGGGCGGGCGGACGUGGAGCACGUCAUCACUGGCGCUCAAGCGGCUCGACCCCGGGCCGGUGGGGGCGCUGGGGCCGGGCGCGGCAGCGUUCGUGUCGUCAGCCGCGGCGGCGGCCGCAACGGCGCACGGCGGCGGCGGAGGAACGCAGGAGUCGCUGGAGACGGUGUUCUACGAUGACGCCCCGGUCGGGGCGCUCCCGCACUGGGCUCGGCCGCACCAGCUCACCGCCGCCGUGCUCACCUGCACGGGGCAGUUGGUGGUGCUGUGGGCGCUCGCCUCCAAGCUCUCCAACACCCUCUCCUGGCGCCGCUCCAAACCAGUCCUCGUGCCGCCACCUGACGUCGCUGCUGCCAAAGCACUCGCGACCGCAGCUGCAGCAGCGGCAGCGGCGGUGCCGCAAGCAGGCGAAGAGCUCCUGACACCCGCGCUGCUAGCGGCCGCGAAAGCGGUGGGAGGCGCGGACGCGGCGGACGCGGACGCCGCCGCUUCCUCCUGGCGCGUGGCGUCGGCAACGAUGGCGGCGACGGUUGAUGGCGGCAUGCUGACAGCGGUUGUGUACGCGGCGCGGCGGGAAGCUCUCUACAUGUUUGCGAUGCGUGGCAAUCCCACGCUGAGUGGCCAGCCGGUGACGUCGGGCCCGGGGGCGCCGGGUGCGACCGCCACGUCGGGCGCAACGCCGGCGGCGGCGCCGCCUCGAGAAGGCGUGCAGCCGGUGAUGGCUCUGCAGGCGGCGGUCACGAUGCCGCCGGGGCUGUCGGCGGCGCAGACACGGCUGCACGUGCCGGGCGGCAACGGGCCGCGCCAUGCCUAUGUGCUAGCAACGACCAGCCAGCCACGCCACGGCCUGCACUCACACCAGCAUCACGGCCAGGGGAACGGGAACGGUCCAACCGGGAAACCACACGAGCAGGUUGCUGGCGUGGUGUGUUUUGCCGACGCCACGCCGCCCACGUCACCGGCGCCGCCGCCGGGCAGCGGUGCCACUGCGUCGCCGCCCGCGAUCGGCGGCGGCGGUCAUUGGAAGCUGGAGCGGCAAUGGAUGCGGCAGCAAACAGCACUGCCUGCAGGCGUCGACAGCGACGGCAUUGCAAACGGCGAAAGCAGUAGCAACAGUGCCGGCAGCGGCAAGGGCAGCAGCCGCGGGCAGCUUCUGCUUAGCGGCGACGGCAGCAAGCUCCUGGCAGUGGCUGGGCGGCACGUGACGGCGCUAGACGCAGAGACGCUGGGGGUGCUGUCAGACGUUGACCUUUUGGCGGAUAUCGACGAGUCCCAAAGCCAGCUGGCCCCUGGGGAUGCUCCGAUGCCCAACGGCUUCGCUGGCGGCAGCCCGCCGGCGACUGAGCCCUCUCCUUCGCCGGCGUCGUCAUUCGUCGUGGCCUCCACCGCCUGCCUCUCUGGCAACGCCUGCUGCCUCUGCACCGCCGCUCUGCUGCGGCCUCUCGGUGUCGCCGCUGCUGACGCGGCCGGCGGCGACGUCGCAGAUGGCAUGGAUCUGGACGGGGACCCUGGGGACGGGGGCGCGGAGCCCGCCGCCGCAACCAUGGCGUUGCUGGUGCUGCGCACCCUGCCGGACUUCGUGUCGCCCACGCAGCCGCAUCGCGGUGCGGCCAACGGGGGCCGCGCCGCCCACGCGCAGCAGCAGCCGCCCACGCAGCAGCACCCGGGCGGGCCCGAGGAGGCCAUGGCUGUGAACAUGGACACGCUGCGGCUGGCGUGGGGCGUGCUGCAGCGGCAGAGUCUGUGGGACGUGGCGGAGCGGCUGCGCUGCUCCUGGCUGGGCGGGCGGCGGGCGGGCGUGGCGGUGGCGCUGGCGCAACUGGACGGGCUGCUGUACAGCGUGGAGGAUGUGAUCCUGCGGUGUGCGCUGGCGCCGGGGGUCAGCCGUGCCAAGCUGGAAGUGCUCCGCCGCCUGCCGCACCCUCGCGCCGGUCUGGUGGCGGCGGACCUGCUGGCGGCGGCACGGCUGGGGCAGUACGUGGCGGCGCUGGUGCUGGUGCAGGCGCAACAGGGCGACGCCAUGCAACUGCCGGAGACGCGGCUGAUGGCUGCACACAUGGUGUGGUAUGUGCUUGAAGUUGCCACUUUGAUGCUGUCAGGCAUCAUCCUGUGGGUCGAGGAAAUGGAGGCAAAGAUGAAGGAGGGAUACGUUGACCCGGUGACGGGCGCCUCCAUGGCCCCAGGGGAAGUGCCCUCGGCCGCGGCCGCUGCAGCCGCUGCUUCCUCGGGCGACAUCAGCGGCUCGGCCGAUGGCUGGGGCGGCGGCUGGGAGGCAGCGGGCACUGGCGGCGGCGGCGGCUGCGACUGCCUGCCGCUGAUCCGCCUCUUCCCGGAUUACAACUUGCACAAGACGCUGCAGUCCGUGUUGCUCGGGUACGCGCCUGCCUCAGGCGGCAAGCAGGCGACGCCGCUGGGGCUGCUGCAACUGGCGCCCAUGCAGGAGCUGUUGGGGCCUGACGUGGCUCAGCGCGCCAAGGUGGUGAUUACGGUCCUCAAUCGCCUGAACCAGGCAGCCGGCAAGACCAUGAUUGCACACGUGCAGGCUGUGCAGCAACAGCAGCAGGCGCAGGCGCAGGCGCAGCAGCCGCCCGGCGCCGCCGCGCCGCCACCACCCGCGGGCCUGUUGCCUGCUUUGGCCGACACGCCGCUCACGCCAACUGACAUGGAGGCCGUCAAAGUUGGGGACCUGCCCAAGAGCCUGAUGCACCACGUGCUACAGAGCCGCUACGCCGGGCCCUUCCACGUGCCGUGCCCCCGCACAAAGGGCAUCCCCACCCUGGCGUGCCUAGCACAGGUUGUCCGCGCCGCCGACAUGCCCAACGCGCGGAGCAUGGUGGCUCUCAGCCGCGACGCCCUGCUGGCUCGGUACCGGCUGUUGGGCCUGCAGCAGCAGCUGGAGGACCCCCGCAGCGCGCCGGCCGGUGCGGCCCGGCGGCUGGCUAUGAGCUUCAGGGCCCCCGCGCCCCCGCCCGAGCUGCACUCGCAUGUGCUCACGCACCACGUCAGCAACCGGCAGCGUCAGCGCUGGCGGCGGCAGCGCGGCUCGGCGCUGGCGCUGGGCAGCUCAGCUCCGCUCUGGUCGCACGCGCAGGGCGUGCCGGUGGACUGCCUGACUGGGGCGCCGCUGCCGCCCGGCAGCAGCUGGAGCCUGGAGGGCGCGGCGGCGGGCGGGGCCGUCACGGCGCAGAUGGGGCCGGGAGUGGCGGGCGUAGGCGUGUCGCGGCAGAAGCCCUCGCAGACCACGCUGAUGGAGGCGGUGCAGCGGGCCUGGCUGUGCUGCGCGCCGCCCGCGGAGCUGUGCAGCGGCUGGAAGAGGGCGCGGCUGGGGCUGGAGCAGGACCUCGAGUACUGAGGGGGAGGCCUGGAGUACGGAGGGGGAGGCCUGGAAUACGGGGGGAAAGGCCUGGAGUACGGCGGGGGAGGCCUGGAGUACGGAGGGGGAGGCGGGAGGGAGUGGCGGCGUGGGCAGCACGGCGACAGGAGGCUGGAGGCAGGGGCGGGAGGGGAGUAACGGGGUUAUGGAACCAUGGUGGAGGGGGUCGCGGAGGCGGCAGGAAAGGAAUCGCUGGUGGCGGCGGUGAUGGUGGUACGGUCUGCAUUCGUAGAGACAUGCGGACUGCAGGGGGUAGAGUUCUGACACCCAGAACCUGGAGCCAGCUCACAGAGGGCGCGCGGAUGUAUGGGCAGUGUGUAUGGGCGGCGGUGUCUGACCAUUAAGGUUGUUGCCGACGGGUGCUGCACUACUGCUUGGCAGGACCUGUGGGGCAAGGUCCACUGGGUGCAUGUCCCAUCUGCCCGCUGUGGGCAUACCGUCUGCGUGCACCAAUGGUGCGGGGUGCCGCCAGGUCAGCAUUGAGUCACCAGCAGCAUGAUGAAUGUGAAUGGGGGCAGCUGUGUGCGUUCGGUGGUAUACUGGUAUGUGACAGUCCGGGAGGGGACAGUUUCUGACAGAUGGGUGGGGUCGAGUGAAGUUAGUAGCACAUAGGCCUCUCGGCGCAGUUGCGUAGCACUUGCGGUUUGGGGCCUAGGCCCGUACGACCUGUACGGGUCCCAUCCGGCCAAUGCAGGGGCCGAGGGCAAGAUAUAAGCGAGCGAGCUGUGCUGUUUCAGUCAGUCCGCCACUAC